CAAAAUCGCAUUUUCUCAAGUUGCUGAAAUGACACUUUUCAGCUCCGGGAGGUAAUCCAAACCCAGCACACAUUCAUCUUUCAUCUCUGUGUGCGUGUUCGUGUGCUUGUGCGUGCGUGUGCGUGUGCGUGUGCGUGUGCGUGUGCGUGCGUGCGUGCGUGCGUGCGUGUGUGUGUGUGUGUGAGUGUGUGUGUGUGUGUGUGUGUUUGUGCGUGUGCGCGUGUGUGUGUGUGUGUGUGUAGAUGAAGGAUGGCGCAAGCAGGCUGGGCAAAGUACCUGAGCAGGGCCCCCUGUGACCAGCAAAGCUUGGCACUGUAAAAUGAACGCAGUGUUUUUUUGUGCGGCCUGAAUACAGAUGAGAAAUCUGGAGUGGAAAAGCCAACAAGAAUCCCCCCCACUGAGGGCCACAAUGCUCAGGGUCACAAGGUUAAAGUCCUCUAAGCUUGUUAAAAAUCAAAACAACACAAUCUUCUUCUGUUUACACGCUCCGUUGCAACUUGCAUCAGUCUUCUUCUGUUUCCCAAAUUCCGUUUCCUUCCUUUCUCUCUGUCAUGGAUCUCUCUGAGGGUGUGGGGUCUUUGGCAACUCAAGCAUAUCCAUGGCUCAAACAUUCACUGGCAAUCAGUGCAGAGGAAAAUCACUUUUCAACAAAAAACAGCAUGCCAUUGCAUGAAUCACAGUUAGCAAACAUACUGUACAUGCCAGUCAUCUCAUUGUGUAACCAGUGGUCACAUGCAGUUAAACUGCCUUUGACCAAUUGUUCACUGAGGAGACUAGCACUCGUGCUCUGUGGGAUAGAACUUUAGAAUAAAACAGAAAAACUACAGUACAGUGUUCGCUCGUUUAUCUCGUGGGAUAGAUUCCCAGAUAGUCUGCAGUAAGUGAAAUCCGCAAAGUAGCCAACUUUAUUUGUUUACAAUUAUUAUAUAUGAUUUAAGGCUGUAAAAACCCUCACCAUACACUUUAUACACUUUUAUCAGACAGGCAUUAACAUUUUCUGACAUUUCCCUCUUCUUUAAACACUCUCAAAGUUCAAAUUUCCUUUGAAUUUUAAUGAUCAACCUACUAGGUUUGACACAAGCAAUUAUGAAGUGACUCACGCGUGUUUCAUUCUCCUGACUAUGCCUCUUUGUCCUGGCACCGUUCGGCUCUAGCGUUUUUGUAUCCUUGUUCAAACAUAUUGCUCCUGUCGUCGUAUUUUACUCCUGCUCGUCGUUCUCCAUGAGCCACAGAUUCAUUUACAGUAUUCCGUGAUGGCGCCCUAAAGCCACGUAACCUCUGCCUUCCUUCAGCAUGUCCAGAAGUCCAACUUUUUGUGUGAUGGCUGGCUUCCUCUGCCUUUUGGGUGCAGAACGUUUCGUCAACACUGCGGGUUUUGUUGGGGAGAAAACUUGCAACCAUACAGCGUUCAGAGUCACACGCGGUUAGCUUCUUCUGUUUCUUCUAUUGUUUGCAGUAUUGGCGGUUAGCAAGCAGCUCACACGGUUAGCUAAUUUGCUAGCCGUGACCACAAGAGACGACACGAAGGAGAUUGAUUGACAAUGGUCUACAGCCAAUCAGGACGCAGAAGACAAUGGGUGGUGCAGACAGAAGAGAGAGAAUAGAGACACUGCCGCCUAUUGCUAAAGCACAGAACUAUAACACUCAAUUUCCCACAUUGCAAUUCUUCUUAAAGGGACAGGCUCGGCCUGUAACAACGUUCAUAUGCUGUAAAUAAAUAAAUAAAUAAACAACCUAAAAUUGCACACACAAAAAUCAGCAAGUCCGGGAAAGGUGAACAAGCGAUGGGGGGAGGGAACACUGUAUUCUCACUGAUGUACGUUUUAGAAUCUAAUUUCCUUCCAAUCAGAUUGUUCCGAUCAUGUAUGUAAUCUGUUAGCUUGUAGCGAGCAUAUUUGUGCGAUAUCUAGUGAUGUUGUGUGGUGUUUGUACUCGUAACCACUACCAAGGUUACUCACUGCUUGAGUUAUAGUUUUAAAUGUAAAUAUAUUUGACAGACACUGUUCACAUAACUGGGGAGCUCUAACGACCUGGCCUCUGUCCCAGAACCUUCUUUGCUAUGCUUUGUCCUCCACAUUAAGAGCAUCCUAGCUGCUUGGACGAUGGAAGAAUGCCAUUCGUAUCGUGUGACCCAUCGUUCAAGGGCCUUUGCUUCUUCGCUGAGCUCGCAGAAAGUAAGUGUAGAGCUCCUCGCGACUGCGAGUAUCCCGUGUCACAAAAGGACCCUUUCUGCACACAACACAGUGGUUCUCCUUGGGUCCCAUCCAGGCUACCCUCGUUAGAUUUCAGACCUCCCUCUUGUUGUCCCUUCUUGCUUGAGCCGGGCGGACAUAUCAGAUGGAGCUGGAGCAGCAGAGGAUGCCUCCAAGCCACCACAACAGAGGAUAAAUGAGCACUUAUGCACAACCGGCAGGAUGCCUGGGUUUUACUCAUAAGAAGACUUUAACUGCACAGAUCCAGUUCAACCAUGAGGAUUAUCUCUGCUCAGUGGCUUCUUCUGGCUGUUGUCGUGGCGACACUCACAGUUGAGGCCAAGAUUACAGCCAAGCCAAAGUACCAAUACACUAAGAAGCCCGUGAUCCCCGGCACACCUAAACCCAAGACAGGCUCAGACAACAACAACAACAACAAUAACAACAACAACAACAACAACCAGCACCCUCUGGAGCCCCACCCGCUGCUCAGCCAGGAGAGAACCACCCACCCAAGUAGCCUCUUUCCUCAGGAAGUAAGCACACAGCCACCUGGUUUAGGCAAUGAGAACUACACCUUGGAUUACAACGAGUGCUACUUCAACUUCUGUGACUGCUGCCCACCUGAGAGAGGCCCCCGGGGGCUGAAAGGAGACAGCGGACUGGCAGGGCCACGAGGUGAAAGAGGCUUUACUGGAUCAGCUGGUUCACCUGGACCACCAGGUGUGAUUGGUCCAAAGGGGGUCAAAGGAGACAGAGGAAAUAAGGGUGAACGGGGAAGCACUGGCCCGGGAGGACACCCUGGGGCUCUUGGGAAGCCAGGGCAGAAAGGUGAUGCAGGUCCAAAAGGAGAGAAAGGUGAAAUGGGGAUGCAAGGCAUCAAAGGUGUCACGGGGCAGAAAGGUGAAGCUGGUCAGAAUGGGACUGCUGGUGAGAAAGGAGAACCGGGAAAAGAGGGCCCAGUCGGGCCCCCCGGAGUGACUCUUGGCCUGGGUCCUAAAGGAGAUAAAGGGGAUAAGGGGGAAUGUGGCACAUUUGGGGAGAGGGGACCAAAAGGUGAUCGUGGAGACACUGGGUCUCCGGGAAUCCCAGGAGCAAUGGGAAUUCCAGGAAUUAAUGGCAAGCACGGUGCUCCGGGUCCGAUAGGAGUCAGCGGGGAUCCUGGACCUCCUGGAGCACAGGGGGAACCCGGGGUGGGAGGGUCUCAGGGACCUCAAGGUGUAAGAGGGAUACAGGGGCCAAAAGGGGAUAGAGGUUAUCCCGGGAUGAGAGGGGAUCGGGGGAUGCGGGGCUUCAAAGGAGCUAAGGGGUCCGGUCUUGCUCAGAAGCGCUCAGCCUUCAGUGUUGGCAUCUCCCCCAGAAAGUCCUUCCCGCCAUCUGGCUUCCCCAUCCGCUUUGACAAAGUCUUCUACAACGAGGAGAACCACUUCAACAUCACCACCAACAGCUUCAUGUGUGUCCAUGCCGGCGUCUACGUCUUCUCCUUCCAAAUCACUGUACGCAACCAGCCUCUACGCGCCACGCUGGUGGUCAACGGCUCGCGGCGGGUACGGACACGGGACUCGCUGUACGGACAAGACAUCGACCAGGCAUCCACUCUGGUGGUGCUGAGGUUGGCGGAAGGUGACCGGGUGUGGAUGGAGACCCUCAGGGACUGGAACGGGGUGUACGCCAGCAGUGAGGAUGACAGCAUCUUCUCCGGAUUUCUACUUUACUCACCCUGAUGAUGAUUGGACCGUGUACUCAUGAACUCUUGCAUAAUUGUACUGUAUCUUGUGGUGCAAGUAGUGUAACACUUCAAGGACUACUGUACCGUACAAUACUGUACGUUACUGUGCAUUAUUUUCAUUGUUAUCAACCUAUUUCUUAUGACUCCUUUCAAUAAAAAAUGUUUAAAACGUCUAAAACGAUCUCUCAGUUCACGCUUUCCAAAACAACCCAGAACAUAUGUCCUCGAUGGUAUUAAUAAAAAAUAUUAGGGCUGUCAAAUGAUUAAAAAUUUUAAUCAAAUUAAUUACAGUUUUCAAAUUAAUUAAUAAUGAUUAAUCAUCAUUUGCAAGGAUGUGAAAUAAGCCAAUCUUUUAUUGUAUUUUGUGAACAAAAAGAUAAGUGACAGACACAAUUAACAGAUCAGCUAGCAGAUCAUUUGAGUCACAUUUUAACCUCAUUAUGAGCAAUGAGGGGUAGCGUUCAAAGACACCAUGUCAUUUAAGAUGAAUUCACAUGAUUUGAGUGCCAGUCAUCCCUCGUUUAUAGCGGUUUAUUGGUUCCAGACCCGACCAUGAUAAAUGAAUUUCUGCACUAUAGGAUUAAAUGUUACUAAAUGGAAUAUUUUCAUAGUUGGAGCAUAGAAAGCUUGUUUAUGACUUUCUAAAUACAGUUUUUAACAUUAUUGGAACCCUGGAGACAUGAAAUAACAUGCCUAUAGUCACCUUUACACACCUAUUAUUCAUUGUUUACAACACAUUGUGCAACUCUUAUGCUGCAGGUACUCGAGAUAGCCGCUAGCUAGCAAGCCAGUGAGCUAACAAGCUACAGCGCUGACCAGUAAGCCUUGAAGUGAUUUCUUUUCAACUUAAGAAGCCAAAAACUUACCACUUCUACACGGAAUGGGAGGAUACCUUUUUUCACUCUAUCAUGUCAGACAUGCCAUGGCUGACUUCAUGACUUCAUUCAGUUUUAAGGUAAUGUAAUGCAUGGUAAUGUCUCAUCUGUGUUUUGUGUCAUUACUGCUGCCCAGAAUACUACAAAUCACUUGUAUUUCAAUAUGGCUUGACUAAUAAUAGACCACAGUCUACCACGAAACAGCAAUCAUUAAUUUCUGAAAAAACGUGUUAUAGCGAGUAGAGACGACUGUACUGUACAUGUGUUUUCUGAUAUUUCCGAGCAUAUUUAAAUGCAGCAAAUUGUACUUCCGCAGGAAGAGUUAUGUUGGUGAGUGAUGAGAAUAUCUAUAACUGUUUGUCUUUGUCUUUCUGCUUAUUUACACACAUUUAUUCACACAUACACGCAUAAUAAAAUGUUUUUGUAAUGUUCCGAGUGUCCGUGAAUGCAUCUCGAGGUCAUCUAGUGACAAUGAGAACGUGUCGUUCCGAGGCUGAGUGGACUAGAGGCGUGUUUGGGAGUUUAAGCUACAUAU